UAUCUCACCAGCUCACCCUCUCCCUCUCAUUUACCCCUCUACCGCCCUUAUACUACAUUACAUUUCCCUCCCUCUCUCAUGUUAAGGGGAUUCACUUAUUUAGAGUCUUGGACAAAGGCUGUGUGUACAUAUUUUUGGGUCGGCUUAAACCCACACAAACUGGGAGAAAUCUAAUUAUAAAUCUAUCGGUGAGCCAAGCCGAGCUCAUCGUGGAGUCUAGACCUUCAAUGAAAGAGGUUCUGUGAAGCUCCAGGACAACAAACGUCAACAUCAGGUCCGUCUGAGCCGGUUGGAUCAUCAGCCUUUUUUUCCAGGACACAGGAGCCUCAUAGAGUGCUCCACACUACACGUCUCAAGCUGUCUCUUCGGCUGCUUCCAGCAAUUAUUAUGGACAAUGAGGACGAUGAUGAUGGCAACUUUACCAAGUGGAUGAGCAGUUAUUGGGGCCACGGGGUUGGGGAGGACCACGCCAAAGAGAGGAAGAGGAGCUUCAGGAGGCCGUCCCGCAAGAAAGCUGACCGCCGUGCAUCACUGCCUUGCAUGUCUCAGCUAGAAGCCAUGCAGGCGAAUCAUCUCCAUGUUAACACCAUGGCCCCUGUGCCUGUCCAUCUAAAGAGCCGUGAGGACAAAGAGGUGCACUCUCACCCUCGCGCCCGCCGUGUGUCUUCAGAUGAAAGCAGCCGAAACAAAGUGGGACCUGAAUGUCACAUCACCACCAUCCCUGAGCUCUCUGAGUGCUUAGAGAGGAGGCUGCGUUUCCACAACCACAAGGCAGAUGCAGAUAGCAUAUGUCUCAUUUGCCAUGAAGGACUACGGAAAGAAAGGGGGAGUUUCCAAGAGCUUUACUGUGGCCAUCAUUUUCAUAAAGAGACAAAAUGGCCCGAGCAUGGCACACGGCCACGUAGUGGGAGUUCUGCACCGGCGUGUGAACGAGGAAAGGAGAUACCAUUCUGUCCAGGACAAGAGGAGUAUCGGUUGCCCCGUCGCCAACUCUCUUUACGUCGACAACGUUAAUUAUUUUCAGUGUAACAGUGUACCAAUAAUCGUUUAGAUUUUGUGUUUACCUACACACCAUAUUUGUUUUAAAGUCCUCAACAGGAUCUCUAAUUUGCAGGGAUUCUUUGUUUUCCUCUCUUUUAUUCAUUAAUUAAUCGUUUAAUUGUUCAGUAAGUCAUUUAUAAUUAAUUUUUAUAUGUAUAUUACAAUAAAAAAGUGAUAAGUUUUAGUACUGUCUGCCAUUCUUCUGUGUUUAAGUAUCCUGAAUUUGCAGGUCAUAUGUCAGGAGUUGCAAUUGAGAGGCUAUAGCUUUUUAAAUGCACAUGCUGGAAAUUAGCUUGUGGCUAAUCACGCUACUGUAAUGGAAAUCAAUACAGGGGCACAAAUCUGACACUCAUAAGGUCAACAGAUCUGUUUUUGAACGUGGAGUUGUCAUGCAAGCGUAUUCAUGUUGUACACUGCAUAGUGACAUUUAGAGCAUUGACAGUGAAAUCGACAUUGUUUCCUUUAGCAUUUAUGCUUUUAAAAAAACUCGUAUUUUUUAUUCAUUAACCAUUAUUCAAGCAUUUAAGCAAAAUGUAGAUUAAAAGAGUUUUAUAUAUCCGUAUAUAUAACACAAACGUCAAUUCAGACUGAAAGUAUAUAUUUUGUUUAGCGUGUCGCUCUUUAUCAGCAAUGUUUCAACAUUUUGUAGCAUGUGCAAAUGUAUGUUACAAUUAUUUUCAAUUUUCUGUAUUACAGCUAGACUCUUAAUGACCUUCCAUCGUUUGGCUUCCCUCUCUUUCAGUGCAUUGAAAAAUGGUUUUGGCAGAGACAGUCAUGUCCCAGCUGUCGAGUUCAUGUGACCAUGCCUGCGCCCAUCUACUGGUCCUCUGCUCGCAUUCAUUUUCCCUGACAAUGUCUAUAUUUUUCACCGCAUGAUCAGUUCUAUGUCUGCUUGCUGCAUGUGACUCUGUGCACUGAUUUAGUGUUUAUAUGUAAAUAAAAACAAAAUAAGACCAUAAUCUCUGGGUGAAGACAAGGGCUUAAAACUUUAGCUAGCUGUCUAGCUUUCCUGCAUGGUUAUACAGCCUGUUGCUUGCAUAUGCUGCAUGAGAUUAGACCAUUUAGAAUAUGCAUGUUCUUAUUAAUCUCAAGAGAAUUUGUACUUUGUCCUUUACCCUCCUUUUAUGAUUUACCCCCUCUUUUUUUCUCUAUGGCGUUGUGAGUUCGACUAGGCUGAAAAAGGCACAUCUGACGCCAACCCCACCCCUCACAGUAACAUCACUAGCUCCAUUGAGUGCUUUGUGUCUGAGAUUGCAUGUCUGAUAUUGCAAGUCUCAGCUUACAGCAAGUCCGCAGUCAAAUACUCUUGGAAAAAUAAUGCAUGCUAAGUGUCUAACCUCAUGAGUCUUUUUGUUUCGUCAUCUCUCUCCACUCUGUAUUCCACAUUUUGCACAUCUGCAUUACCUGUUAAUGUACAAAUGCCAAAUUCCAGAAAAAAAUGUCCAGGGUGUUAUAAUAAUCUAAAGUGUAAAUGAUUGUUUCAGAGUUAUAUAUGUUGUUUGUACCAAAUUCAUUCAUGUAAUUAAAUAUUUAGAGGUUAAGAAAUUCC